AUGCUGGUGGUACUGCUCACAGCAGCCUUGCUGGUCCUGACUUCAGCUCAGAGCUCAAAUGAAGAGGUCAUCUAUAAAGACUCACCUUCUCAGUUCUCAGAGGUAGAGCACCAGAGCCAGGGACAUGGUCAACAUCAUCCAAAACCACCUCCUGGAGGAUUUCCCCCAAGACCUCCUGCUUCUGAUGAAGAUGAUGAUGGUGAUGAUAGUGAUGAUGAAGAUAAUGAUGGUAGUGGGGAAGAUGUAAAUAGACCAGAGAGACCACCACAUCAUGGGGGCAAUCCCCAGCAUCCUCAGCAUCUACAUCCUCCUCACCCAGGACACCACCAUGGUCCACCACCACAGGGAGGCCCUCAGAGACCCCCUCAGCCUGGAAGCCCACAAGGCCCACCCCCAACGGGAGGCCCCCAGCAGAGACCUCCUCAAGGCCCACCCCCAACAGGAGGCCCCCAACAGAGGCCUACUCAAGGCCCACCCCCAACAGGAGGCUCCCAGCAGAGACCUCCUCAAGGCCCACCCCCAACAGGAGGUCCCCAACAGAGGCCUACUCAAGGCCCACCCCCAACAGGAGGCUCCCAGCAGAGACCUCCUCAAGGCCCACCCCCAACAGGAGGCUCCCAGAAGAGACCUCCUCAAGGCCCACCCCCAACAGGAGGCCCCCAACAGAGGCCUACUCAAGGCCCACCCCCAACAGGAGGCCCCCAACAGAGACCUUCUCAAGGCCCACCCCCAACAGGAGGCUCCCAGCAGAGACCUCCUCAAGGCCCACCCCCAACAGGAGGCUCCCAGCAGAGACCUCCUCAAGGCCCACCCCCAACAGGAGGCUCCCAGAAGAGACCUCCUCAAGGCCCACCCCCAACAGGAGGCCCCCAACAGAGACCUCCUCAAGGCCCACCCCCAACAGGAGGCCCCCAACAGAGACCUUCUCAAGGCCCACCCCCAACAGGAGGCUCCCAGCAGAGACCUCCUCAAGGCCCACCCCCAACAGGAGGCCCCCAACAGAGGCCUACUCAAGGCCCACCCCCAACAGGAGGCCCCCAACAGAGACCUUCUCAAGGCCCACCCCCAACAGGAGGCUCCCAGCAGAGACCUCCUCAAGGCCCACCCCCAACAGGAGGCCCCCAACAGAGACCUCCUCAAGGCCCACCCCCAACAGGAGGCUCCCAGCAGAGGCCUACUCAAGGCCCACCCCCAACAGGAGGCCCCCAGCAGAGACCCCUUCAGCAUGGAAACCAGCAAGACCAACCCCUGCAUGGAAACUAUGAACAGCCAAGUUACCUAUGGUCAUUUUUUGCAUAA